GGCUAACGGCAAGGCCUCUAGGAACUGGGUGCUCAGGAAAAUGGCGACGAUAUGUGUCCGAUCACCAAAUAGGUCUCUUUUAAGAGCCUUUUCUGUGAUCCAUCCUCCACAGGCCAAUAUAUCAUCUUUCAAAAAUUUCUCAAAAGGGAAGAAAGCGGUGGCAUGUGCUGUAGCAGCUGGAGGUGUGGGUGUGGCUGUUGCCUUAACAACAGCUGUUGGUGCUGCUGAGCUACUGCUCCACCCCCCUAAAUACCCAUGGAGUCACAGAGGAGUUUUUAGUAGUUUGGACCAUGCCAGUAUUCGGCGUGGCUACCAGGUGUACAAACAGGUAUGCUCAGCCUGUCACAGCAUGGAAUACCUCUGCUACAGGAACCUGAUCGGUGUCUCACACACAGAGGAGGAGGCCAAGGCAGAGGCCGCUGAGGUUAUGGUCACUGAUGGUCCAGACGAGGAAGGCAAAAUGUUCCAGAGGCCUGGAAAGCUGUCUGACCGGUUCCCUGACCCUUACCCCAACCCAGAGGCUGCACGAGCUGCUAAUGAGGGUGCCCUGCCUCCUGACCUCAGCUACAUCACUCUGGCUCGACAUGGAGGAGAGGACUAUGUGUUCUCUCUGCUAACUGGCUACACGGACGCUCCAGCGGGAACUAAUCUACGAGAGGGCCUCUACUAUAACCCAUACUUCCCGGGUGGAGCUAUAGCCAUGGCCCAGGCUCUCUACAAUGAGAUCAUAGAGUAUGAAGAUGGUACACCAGCUACACAGAGUCAGUUGUCCAAGGAUGUAUGCACUUUCUUGAGGUGGGCGGGUGAACCAGAGCACGAUACCAGGAAGAGACUGGGUUUGAAGGCCUUGUUCCUUUUCACAUUGCUCCUUGGAACAGCUUAUUAUUUCAAGCGCCACAAGUGGACGGUCAUCAAGAGCAGACAACUAGCAUACAGGAAACGAUGAUGCUGUAGUUUUUAACAAAUACAUCUAUUACUGUUCGUCGCAGGCUGUUUUCCUCUCAACACUCAUGACAGUUUAGCCAGGUUGCAAUGCAGUGGGGGAAAAAAAAAAAGAAAAAACAUAUUUAAAAAUUAAUCAACACAAGUGCUUUUGAAAAUACUUAAUUAUUUGUUGCACUGUACAAUUGCACUGUUACACUGUAAAAUGCUAAAAAAAAAUUCCCGCCAUGAGAAUAUACAUUGUUAUAUUAUUAACAUGUAGGUUGGAGUUGGUAGGCUACGUAUUGAACACUUUGUACAUUUAUUUUCUAGUUUGGUGUGUCUCUGUUCAAAUGUGACUUUGUUGUGACAGCAGCAUCGUAAUAAAUAUCAUUAUCCUCAAUGAGUUAAA